AUGAGGUCCAAAGCAGAUUGGCAGCUUGCGGAGCCUGGGGUCAUGUUGUAUAUGCCCGCGACCAGAGUCAACAUCGAAGAUACCAAGCAUUUGUUGUCUCAAUUAGGUGUCACGGCUGAUGCAAGUCAUGAAACCAAUCAGAGCCAAGCGUCAAACGUCAGCGAUACAAUCUUGCCGUCCUGCGAGAGUUUGCACGGUGAUUGGGUUCAACAGGAACCCGAACCUAUCGAAACAGCCAGAAUCGACUUCGCGAGAGACUAUUCGCCAGCUACCCUGGCUGGUACCGACGAUGAAGAGCUCUUUGUUGAUGUCGAGUCUGCCACAAGGCUGCUGACUCCAGUGUCAUCAGUGAGCCCCGAUAUCGUCCUUCAACUGAUAGAAGCUGCGGAGAGCGCUUCUACUCUGUCAAACGAACCAUGUAUCGCAACCACGACAGAUAGCACCGAAGACUUCCUUGACAUCUGUUACGACUCAGAACGGACUGACUUCCAAGAAUCUCCGUCGCCUACAAUCCGCAAGGCCAAGAAAGUCACAAAAUGCGCUACUGGAGCUGUCAGUCGGCACUUCAAGGCAAAAGCACGGUCGAGUGCUACCCAGCCGCCAAUACGACGUCCAGACUUUGGUAAUAGACUCGAUUGUAAGAAGCAGGCAACCAAGAAACCAAAAAGCGCCUAUGCACAAUCUCUCCAAGAUUUGGCUGACAUCGAGAGCCCGCCUCCACACAAUUGGGACGACAACGAGAGGGAGCUACUCUGCAUAUUAAACAGGUGGUACUGCGGACAAGACCGUACUGAAGAGCUUCGCAUCUUCGCAAAGAUAUUCAACUCGAUCACUAAGCUGGAUAUUCCAUCAAAACGGGUUCGUGCUCAGUUUGAGAACCACCUACGUCUCUAUGGUGAGGAAGCAUAUCCUGUCUUCAGCCGGGUUUUCUCAGUGCCUUUCAAUGAUCCAGAGGACAGCUACGCUGAGCUACGCGCACUAGUCGAAGCGGAGGCUACAGCCCUUAAUCUCGAUCUGAAGCAACGACAGGGCGACUCCAUUGUACGCUCAGGGACGGCCAAAUUCGCGAAGUCUCUGAAGACCAGAACAUAUUACCAGUUCUUGGUUCAAAGAGUCUCAGAAGAGGAAGAGUGGCAAGCAAAUCAAGUUGCGAUGACAGGAAAUCGCAUAGAAGCUCCACCAUCUUUGACAACAAUGUCUAUGGCUGUAAGCAUGCCUUCAGAAGAGGAUUGGAAAAUCCUCACUGAUUUCGAGCAAAGCCCGACACUCAAGGUCCCAGAGCCUCCCCCCCUUCGACCACAUCUAACAUUUCGAGUCUGGGACGCAAAAAACCGUACGAAGUUCAUUGACGGUAGCUUCGUGGCCCAGGCAUUCUUUGAAAAUGACUGGCCUCGUCCGUUCCCAGCACCCAUUGCUCUCGAUGAUCCGUCUGAGGUUGGCAAGAUCCUGACGGUGUUACACUUGAGCAAAGAGGGGGACACACCUGUUUACAUUUCUACAGCAGCAUCUCUUUUGCAAGCUUUAUCGUACGCUAUGAGUAUGCAGCGGCCACAGUUGGCGUUGAUCGACCUGGACGCACCAGGACUGCAGCAGACGAACAAGUUGCAUCAUGCGGCUAACGUCUUCCCAUGGCUUAAGUCACAGGGUCUUGCUCGAUGGGCGAGGUACAAGGGUCACGGAGAACACUUAGUCUGGGCUGAUAUUCCUAGUGAUGCCGUCCUACACGUUCUAAAUCUCGAAAAUCUCAUCAGGGAGCUUAAUAGCGACACAGACUGUCAUGAUCUCAUGCACUUUAACGCCUUUACGUCUGCUGCGAAGACCAAUACCAUUGCUAGUACCCUGCGCGAGAACAACGUCCUGCUCAACACCACAACUGCAAGAGCCUUGGGCAAGACUGCGAAAGCGUUCGGAUUGAACCUAGGCAAUUUCACGCUAGAGCAUCUACAAGACUUUGUCGCGCGCAUCCUGGAUGGCUGGACCAUUUCAAAGCCAGAUAAUAUGGACAUACAUACUAUGAGUUCUCUUGCUGCGACCUUUGCGACGGCUCUUGGUCCACAUGCAGGAGGCUUCAAUCUUCAAGCGGUCAUGGCGGCCUUCCAAGAGGGUGUGGAUCAGGGCACGCGCUGUAUUGCGCAUUGGUCUCGCAGCAGGACUGGUUCUCGCCGUAAACGUUUCCGAAGUGCCUAG